GAGGAGAAGACCUAACAAUGUACAGCCAUUGGGUUGUGCUUUUGCUUUUUGGGGUGUAUUACUGCAGUGGCUAUAUUGUUCCCAGUGGGAGAGAACCAGUUUGUUUGUCAGUGAACUGCCAGAAUGGCGGGAGUUUGAUGAAUACGACAUGUCAGUGUGUUUGUACUGACGAAUACACUGGUCUACUUUGUGAAACAGUUGUUGGACAUUCGCAGUGGCCAAGAGGGGAAUAUGGUCUCCCAAUGUCUACCUUUGGCUGUCCAGAGGAAGACAGGUUCGGUUGGAAAGGCGGAUAUAUCAACCUAACAUUACCGGACUCGUACCGAAGCCAGCUAUGGAAUGAUGAUGACGAAAUCACCCUUGAACCACACAUAAUGGGACCAUUUCACACACAUACCAUGCAGCUGAACUUCUGUUUGAGACAAACAUUUUCUUUGAGCAAUGACACUGACGAGAAAUGGCCACCAGGAGAAUAUUGUCUUUACAAAGUUGGCAAUAUGUGCCCAUCCGGAGAUUUUACAGAAGGGUCCAUUACGAUGCACGGGUAUCUGUUCGACGACACAGAUAUUGGUGGAGAGUUACCGAAUGUUACCUACGGCACAGGGGAUUCGUCUAUACAACUUCACUUCUGUUGUCGGAAAGAUGGGCCAACAGAAGAUCCCAUCUCUCUACCUAACACAUUUCCAUUCAUUUUGUUGAAGGUAAGUGAUAUGUAA